AUGUGGUCCGGAGAGAACCAAGGCUCGGACUUUUCCGUCUCCUCCUUCGGCAUAUCGGUGCCGCAGCUGGUCAAGGGUUCGUCGCAGCUGCUGCUGCGCGAUCAGCCCGGCUCCGGCAGCUACCACGACGUGCACUGCGGCCUGCUCGGCUUCUACCCGGCCUUCCUGCAGAGCUACCGCACGCCCCGGUGCUACCUCGUUUUCCUCUGCGUGCUCGGCAUGACGCAGGGCUUCGUCGUCAACGGCCUGGUCUCCGUGGUGACGCCCACCAUCGAGAAGCGCUUCCAGCUGCUCGGAAUCGAAGCCGGGAUGAUCCAGAGCAUGUUCAACGUGGCGUCGUGCAUCAUGGUAACGCCCGUGAGCUACCACGGGGGCAUCGGCCACAAGCCGCUCAUAAUGGGCAUCGGCGCGCUGGUCAUGUCCGCCGGCUCGAUGGUGUUCGCCUCGCCGCACUUCCUGGCGCCGCAGUACAUGGUGGUGGACAGCGGCGCCGCCGACGUGUGCCCGCAGCGAGGCCCCGGACAGUGCGGCUCCUCGGCGUCGUCCGGUGCCACCAACGCCAACGCCUUCAAGUACUUCUUCAUGGUACGCGUGCUUCCGGCCAUAGAACGGGCAAAAGAUCUGUCGAGGCUGCAAAAGGAGAAGCGGAUGCAAUCCCUGAAGCAUGCGCCGAGCGCAGCCAAUGUGCAAGCUGCGCCGGACGCCCUGGCUUCAUCGGAUUCGCAGGCAGCGCCAGAUGCCCAGGCUGCUAUGCCGGCCUCACAAGCUCCGUCUGAAGCCCAGGCUACUCCGGGCUCGCAGGCUGCGCCGGGUGCUAAAGGCACGGCGAGCGCACACGAAACACCAAACCCUGGAGCCGCGAGCCGCCCGCACGAUAUGCAGGUUGCGUUGGAGGUGACUACCGGGAAAGAGCAGAAGAGGAGCUUUGCAAACCACGUCAGGAGGCUCCUGUGCAAUCCAACAUUCGUCUGUCUCACGCUCGCUGCGUGCGCUGAAACUAUGAUCGCGUCAGGACUCACCGGCUUCGCAACGAAGAUCUUCAUCUCCAUGUUUGGCAUCUCGUCAAGCCGGGCUUCCAGCCUUCUAGGCAUUGUGUCAGUGCCGAGUGCUUGUGGAGGAACACUGCUGGGAGGCUACGUCGUAACGAAGCUGAACGUCAAGUCGUCCACGAUCGUGCGCUACUGCGUCGUGCUGUCGUUCGUACCGUGGUUCACGCUAUUUGUCUUCACGCAUUCCUGCCCCAGCAGUCAUAGAGCACUUGUCAACCUCACAACCAAUUCCGACGAGUAA